UUCCUACCGCUCCUUUAUAUAUUCAUCUGUCUCUGCUAAGAUCCUUUGCAACUUGUACCUUCUUCUUCUCUACCAAAAACAUAGGAAAAACUACAGAAAUGGAGGUGGUGAUACCAGCAUCAAGAAUGGAUUUCGACUUCAACCAUUCGCGUCCUUCUUUGCCACACUUGAGCGCUCCUUCUACACCUAGACGUAUUGGUGAGUACUACUUCAGUGCUCCAUCAAGCCCAACACGCAUGUCUGAGUUUUACCAGGACCUCAAUGAGUUCUCAAGGAUGAAUGAAAGCUAUGAAAGAAAAGGAAAUGCGCCUUCCAUGGUUCCUUUCGACUGGGAAGAAAAGCCUGGUACACCUAAGUUGCCUAAGGGGAGUAGUGGCACCAAGAAUGAUGAUGAUUUUGCUUUUGAUUUUAGUGAAGACUUAGAGAAGGCUUCUCUCUCAGCUGAUGUGCUCUUUGAUGGUGGCAAAAUCAGGCCUUUGAAGCCUCCACCUCGGCUUCAACUUGGCAAUAAAGUUUAUGAGUACACAAACCAGAAAAGCCCACUUUUAUCUCCGAGGUCACCUAGAUCACCAAUAUCACAAGGGAGGAAGAUGGUUCUGGAUGCCUUUUCACCUAGAAGAAAGAAAGAUACUGACCCGUUUGCGAAGGCAGUGGAAGACACACGUAAGCAAGCCGGACAAGAAAGAGGGCGAGAGAGAACUCCAGCCAAGUCAUCCUCGAAUUCAGGCCGCAAAUCAAUAAGGUCACUCUCUCCUAUCAGGGUUGCUGAGGUUCCAUGGGAAGAAGAAGAAGAAGAAGCAGCAGAAGAAGAAAAGACACAACAAAGCACUAAACAAUCCUCAUUGAAUUCAAAGGCAUCAAUUUCUGCUGCUACUUAUUCUUCGUCUUCCUCUUCAAAGAGUUCUAAGAAAUGGAGCCUAAAAGACUUUCUGUUGUUUCGGAGUGCAUCUGAAGGGCGAGCAACAGACAAAGAUCCAUUCAGGAAGUACACAGCUGUGUACAAGAGACAUGAAGAUACUAAGAUAGCAAGCUUCCGGUCCACAGAUGGUUCUGGUUCAGUGACCGGCUCCAAGAGAAGGGGACCAGUUUCAGCCCAUGAGUUGCAUUAUACCACGAACAAAGCAGCAUCAGAGGACUUGAAGAAGAAAACUUUCUUGCCAUACAAACAGGGGAUUCUAGGGCGACUGGCAUUCAAUCCCGCCAUCCAUGCACUCGCAAAUGGCUUUGGAACACUUGGACGUUCAUGAAUCUAGACAUAUUGUUAAGAUUUUUUUUCCUAUUUUUUGUUGUAUAAAAAUAGUUUUUUGUUCCCCCAACUGUAGAUUCUCAAAUGAACUAAAUGUGUGGUUCAUAAUUCUAUUGUGCAGUGUAAAAACUUACUGCAUUCAUGAAAAUGUGAAGCUCACCAAUAUUUACUCUUUA